AUGUGCAUAUCUAAUUGGCCAAAUAAAAUUUGCAAUAGUGAAUACAAACUAGAUUUACCAGUAAAAAUACCAUCUUCAUAUUCCAUUGUUGUUCUUAAUGUUCCGUCUCAAUGGGAUGAACAAACCUUUGGAAAUGAAUUAAAGCAACAUUAUCCCUCGAUUGUACGUGCGGUUCGUCUAUUUGUCAAAGGUGGACGGCCUUUAAAUAAAGUUCGCCUAGAUUUUUCUUCGUAUAAAGAAUUAUCGAGUAUACUUAAAUCGCGACGCAUUUUAUUAGAUGAUAAUAAUACUGCGUUUACAAUUGAACCAUAUCAAGCACCUACAAGGGUAUUACGAUGUCACAACUGCCAAGCUUACAAUGAUCAUAUUGCAGCACAUUGCCCAAAUAAAAAUGAUCCAAUUUGUUUUAGAUGCGGGCAACAUCAUUCUUAUAAUCCGAAUUGUGAUAAUCCCAUUCGAUGCGUUCAUUGUAAUGGAAAUCACAUGGCAGGGAAUCCAGUUUGUCCGAAAAAAAUAGAACAGCGUUAUGAAACGAAUCAACGACAGAAACUGUUAAAUAAGACUUCGGACACACAAACUCCCCGACAAAAAUCAGCAUGGUGUGGCAAUACAACAGCACAUCUCCUUGGAUAUGAAGUAGUAACAGAUGGAGAUAAUAACACCAACAAUCAAGUAGAUUUUAUAAAGAUGCUAGAGAAAAUCAAUAACACAAU